AUGAAUGAAUCCACGCAAGGCAACAAUUCCGGCGACCUUACUGAUCCUAAUCAGGAGGUCAGCCUCGAUGAUUUAGUGGCUGAACACCUCGCUCUGGUUCGCGACUUUUCCGAGAAAAUCAAGUUGAAGGAAGAGUUGUUUGGGCUUCAAAUGAGAGCUCAGCAACUACUCACAAAUUCUGAAAUGAGACGCCGAGGCACACCAGUGCCAAAGCCUGAAAAGCGUGUCAGACACAAUGACCUCAACUCCCAACGAUCGUUUUUCAAAGAUGGCAGUGCAGCGCUUGCAACAGAUUUGGAUGAUCUGAAAGCCGUAGAGGACAUGUAUGACCAACAAAUUGCGUACAUCAGGAGCCGGCUCCAAGAAAUCCGGAAGAUUAUUGAAAAGGCCCAUCCUGAAGUUGUGGGCUUCAACGUUGAGGAGACUGGGGACAUUUGA